AAUUGUGCCAGUCAACGUUCAACCUCCGCGGUUGGAUAGUUGAUGGUGAAGCGCUCGUUUUGAUUCACCGCGCUGCCCGUUGUCUGUCCGCGGUCCGCUCACAUUGAAUAGCAAACCACAUAGCUGGGAUUUAACAGUCUCCUCUAGCUUUGCUGGUAUUGAAUUUAAGCUUCUUUUGUGUCUUAUGGAAACUAGGGGUGUAUCUGAAACCUUUUUUAAGCAUUUGCUGGGCCAUACGAGGAGGCUUGUUAUGGCGUUUCAAAACAAGCGCACCCGCCCUAUUGCGCGUUUUUUUGUCCACAUCUCGCGAUGAUUGCUGAGCGGUGGCGUUGUUCGGGCGAGCCGACGACGAGACCGUAGCUGUCUGGAAAUCUGUCUUGUGGGUUAGACUGAAACGUAUUCUUCAUAUUAGACAUUUUUGUACGUCCGACAAGUUAAUCGUUUCACAUUUUAACACACACCACAGUUAGUUUACCGAAUUAGACUGGAGAAUGGCUGCCGCUGAGGUGAACGGUAGUUCUGCCCCAGCAAAGGAGGAAGAAGAGCCAAUGGAUGUGUCAACAACACACACAGAGAACUACCAGACACUCAUUGAUGCUGGGCUGCCCCAGAAAGUGGCUGAAAGUCUAGACAACAUCUUCCAGACAGGUUUGGUGGCGUAUGUUGACCUGGACGAAAGGGCGAUUGAUGCAUUGAGGGAGUUCAAUGAGGAGGGAGCACUUACUGUGCUGCAGCAAUUCAGAGAGAGCGAUCUGUCCCACGUACAGAAUAAAAGCGCUUUCCUUUGUGGAGUUAUGAAGACCUACAGACAGAGAGAAAAACAAGGAAGUAAGGUACAAGAGUCCACCAAGGGGCCAGAUGAGGCGAAAAUAAAGGCUUUGUUGGAGCGGACAGGAUAUACCCUGGAUGUCACAACAGGGCAGAGAAAAUAUGGAGGUCCCCCACCUGAGGAUGUUUUCAAAGGAACACAACCAGGGAUUGGAACUGAGGUGUUUGUUGGAAAAAUCCCCAGAGAUUUAUAUGAAGAUGAGCUGGUCCCACUGUUUGAGUCUGCUGGUCCAAUCUGGGACCUCAGGUUAAUGAUGGACCCUCUGUCUGGGCAGAACAGAGGCUAUGCCUUCAUCACAUACUGCAAUAAGGACGAUGCACAAAAGGCUGUGAAGCUUUGUGAUAACCAUGAAAUUCGCCCUGGAAAGUACUUGGGAGUGUGUAUAUCUGUUGCAAACAAUCGUCUGUUUGUUGGAUCAAUUCCAAAGAACAAGACAAGGGAAAGUAUAUUGGAAGACUUUGGAAAAGUUACAGAGGGUCUUCAAGAGGUGAUAUUAUACCACCAACCAGAUGACAAGAAGAAGAACCGUGGCUUCUGUUUCCUGGAGUAUGAGGACCACAAGUCCGCAGCACAGGCUCGCCGCCGCCUAAUGAGCGGGAAGGUCAAGGUCUGGGGGAACCCAGUCACUGUGGAGUGGGCUGACCCUGUUGCUGAGCCAGACCCAGAGGUCAUGGCCAAGGUGAAGGUCCUCUUUGUCAGGAAGCUGGCCACAGCGGUGACUGAAGAGCUUCUUGAAAAGACCUUCUCUCAGUUUGGAAAGCUGGAGCGAGUAAAGAAACUUAAAGACUAUGCUUUUGUCCAUUUUGAAGAAAGGGAUGCUGCUGUAAAGGCAAUGGAUGAGAUGAAUGGGAAGGAACUGGGGGGAGAGGAAAUUGAGAUCGUUCUGGCAAAGCCCCCAGACAAGAAGAGAAAAGAGCGCCAAGCAGCUCGGCAGACCACCAGGAAUGCAGGGUAUGAUGACUACUAUUACUACCCACCACCACGCAUGCCACCACCAGGCCGAGGUAGGGGCCGUGGUGGCCGAGGGGGCUAUGCCUACCCACCAGAUUACUAUGGAUAUGAAGACUACUAUGAUGACUACUAUGGCUACGACUAUCAUGACUACCGUGGUGGCUAUGAAGACCCUUACUACGGCUACGAAGAUGUGUACAGCAUGAGGGGCCGUGGUACUCGUCCCAGUAGGGGAGGGCCUCCUCCACCUAGGGCUCGCGGAGCACCACCGGCACGAGGCCGGGGCGGCUACGCCCAAAGAGGCCCACCCCUUGGUGGUCCGAGGGGUGGCCGAGGAGGGCGGGGAGCCCCUUUCCAGCCGCAGAGGGGCCGUGGUCCUCGUGGGGCCAGGGGCAAUCGUGGAGGAAAUGUCGGCGGAAAGAGGAAGGCAGACGUGUUUAACCAGCCUGACUCCAAGCGCCGCCAGACCAACAACCAACAGAACUGGGGGUCCCAACCCAUCGCCCAGCAGCCCCUGCAGCAAGGGGCCGACUAUUCCGGUAACUAUGGUUACAGUAAUGACACCAUGGAGUUUUCACAGGAUUCUUAUGGGCAGCAGUGGAAGUAGAUGCACCAAAAGGUAUUUGGCAAAGUGACAACAAAAAAAGAGAAAAACAAUAAAAAAGAAAAAAACAGGAGAUUGGCCACAAUUUUUGAUUGACUUUUUAUUCUUCAUCCCUCAUGAAAAAAAAGUCUGUAUAUAUCUCAGAAAAAAAUGGACAGACCCCAGAAUUGGCUCGAGAUGAUUGGCUGGAAAGCCUUUUGGCUGAAGAAAUGAACGUAACCGUUGUGGUGAAUCAAUUCUUACUCCUACGGUUACAUUGGGACAUUUGUCUUUAAAAAAAAAAAUACACAAAACACUUUUAUUGUUACUUUUUGUUCCUGAUUCUUUUAAAGCCAACAAUGAACAUUUACAAAAAAAAAGUGGACAUUCAUUCUCAAAAGUCUGAGAGGACAUUAAAUAAUGAUAUUGCCUUGCAGGAAGUUUUUGUCCAUGCCCCUUUCCUCCCUUCUCGUUCUUGUACUCCCUUUAUUUGUGGUUUCUCAUAGUUGCAUAGGGACUUGCUUGUAAAUAAAUGCAUAUGGUUAGAGCUUCAAACUUCAUUUUUUGCAAUGGUGGAGAAAAGAAUCCACAGGAAGAAAGAAAUCAAAGUUUUGUAAUGUUCAAAGUGUAUGCCUAGCAUUUCUAGAGGUAGAUAAAUUGUGUUUUUUUUAAACUGAUACCAUAACUUCCUAUGUUUUCUUUGAACUUGCCCAAUAGAAUUUGGUUUGGCUUACCUUAAGAGCCAUAGCAGUUUGUUCUCUGAUGUUCUUUGUAUUUAUAACUUUUACGUUUGUUCCGUUUCAAUAAAACUCAGCUGAGCAUCA